UUUCAUAACAAGAAGUGACUAGAUGAGUUUUCUGUUUUUACUUCAUUAAACUCCACACAUUUAUUUCUUCCCCAUCAUUGUCCUUAGAGAGAGAAAGAAAAAGAGCUCAGCUUUCUAAUGGAGAGGAGUAUUCAAGGACAAAACAAGCUCUGUUGUUUGGAUCAAAAAGUGAAUGUGAGAAGAAGCCUACAAGUUCAAGGAACUGUAGAGGAUCAUCAAAGCGUUUCCCUCGAGGAAGAACAACUCUCAACUCCGAGCUUGCUGCAAGAUACAACAAUUCCAUUUCUACAAAUGCUGCAACAAAGUGAAGACCCUUCUCCGUUUUUGCCAUUCAAAGACCCAAGCUUUCUAGCAUUACUAUCUCUCCAGACACUUGAAAAGCCUUGGGAACUCGAAAACUAUCUCCCCCAUGAAGUUCCAGAGUUUCAUUCACCGAUCCAUUCUGAGACCAACCACUACUAUCAUAAUCCAUCUUUGGAAGGUGUCAAUGAAGCCAUCUCAAGCAAAGAACUUCCAUUCAACCCACUAGAGAAUGCAAAUCCAAGACGCAAGCGGAAAAACAACAACUUGGCAACAUUGAUGACCAGAGAAAAGAGAAAGAGAAGGAGAACUAAACCAACAAAAAACAUAGAAGAGAUUGAGAGUCAAAGAAUGACACACAUUGCGGUUGAAAGAAACCGCAGACGCCAAAUGAACGUUCAUCUGAACUCACUCCGCUCCAUCAUUCCACCUUCAUACAUCCAAAGGGGAGACCAAGCAUCAAUAGUAGGAGGAGCAAUAGACUUCGUAAAGAUCCUAGAGCAACACUUGCAAUCCCUUGAAGCACAAAAGAGAAGUCAACAGAGUGAUGAUAACAAAGAGCAAAUUCCAGAACUCAGUGACAUUUCGUCGAACAAGUUGCGUGCGAGUAGUAAAGAAGAACAAAGUAGCAAACUCAAAAUCGAAGCAACAGUGAUAGAGAGUCACGUCAAUCUAAAAAUCCAAUGCAGGAGGAAACAAGGACAACUUCUCAGAUCAAUCAUAUUGCUGGAGAAACUUCGAUUCACUGUUCUUCAUCUAAACAUCACAUCUCCAACCAAUACAUCUGUCUCUUAUUCCUUCAACCUCAAGAUGGAAGAUGACUGCAAUUUGGGAUCAGCUGAUGAGAUAACGGCGGCGAUUCGUCAGAGUUUCGACAGCUGAUUGAUUAAUCGAAUUAAAAGACGUCCAAAAAGUAAAAAUAAAGUAACGUUUACUUU